AUGGAGUUGCAGGGCUCCGUGGGAUACCGGGGACAUAGGGCGCCGCGAAUAGCCAACCGUGCUGAAAGGUUCCUACUUCAUGGGAUAGAUGAGCCCGAAAUAUUUAUUGACCAUGACGACCUUUUCAGGUAUUCUUCAGGCAGGUGGCUGGUAGAUGAGAAACAACAACUAGAGCAACGCUUUGUGAAAUUCAAUGUUGAACGCCUUUGCCGCGAAGCGGUCUCGUUGUUCAGGGAUGCAACAAAAUGUGUGCGUGUGGUUAAGGUAGAAGGGAACUUUAACAAAGCGUUCCUCCUCACAAUGGACGAUGGCAGCGAAGUUAUCGCAAAGCUUCCAUGUCGAAAUGCGGGUACGCGCUCGCUGAUAACGGCGUCAGAGGUGGCUACUUUGCAGUUUUGGCCAUCUUUUUUGGAGUUUGCACUCUCUAUUCCACAGCGGGAAAUGGACUCCAUUGGUGACCCGAAAUCUGAAUUACAUCAUGAUGAUCGAUUCGGCGAGAGACCGUCUUUGAAUGAGUAUAAGCUCCUUUUGCAAAAGGCGAUAGAUAUCCUUCCUAUUUUAUCACGCGAUCCGCGUGUGAUAGAGGUGGCAGGACCUACCUUAUGGCAUACUGAUUUGCAUUUGGGAAAUAUUUUCGUUUCACCUGACGACCCUACUACUAUUUUAGGAAUAAUUGAUUGGCAAUCAUCUCAAGUCGGCCCUUUUUUCAUCCAAGCUCGAUUUCCAGAGUUCCUUAAGCCGCCGAAGCAUUACUAUCCCGGCACCAAAUUACCCACAUUACCGGAUAAUUUUGAUGACCUAGAUUCGGAGCGAAAGGAACAAGCUACUAAGGAAAAUAUUUUGGCAUCGCAGUCCAAGUACUACGAGAUGUCCAGUCUGGCGAACAAUAAACGGGUGUACGAUGCUUUGAAGCUUGACCGCAGGAUAUGGGAGCCCUUCACAUGUUGCCGGCGGUUCUCCAAUGGCAGCAUGGUUCCGCUACGUAACUCUAUGAUACGCAUUUCACAGGAUUGGACUCUGCUUGGACUUCCGGGUAACUGUCCUUUAUCGUUUACUGAAGAGGAGUUAAGAAGGCAUAAUGAGCAGGCGGUGCAGUACCAAGACAUGCUCUACUUGUGGGAUAUUGUGAAGACCCAACUCUCUACUGAUGACUCCGGCUGGGUCCCAGUGGAGCGAUGGAAGAAAACAAAUGAGGUAAAUAGAAGCCUCUUUGACAUGUAUGUUGAAACUAUGAGUGAAGAGCUAUCACCAGAUGUGGCAUUGAAAAUAUGGCCAUUUCCGCCCAAGGAUCUUUGA